AUGGAUUCAGAAAUGCCGUUUGGGUUGUUAACAAACGCAGUUCAUUGUUGGAUUUUGGAUUAUUAUUGUCAGUGUACUUUGCAAGAAUGGUCGCAGAAAUUUGAACCUUGCUCAAACAAAUAUGUUCGAGCAGCAAAUUUCUUGGGAGACUUUUCUGAGGAAUUGAUAAUCAACAAAGACUUACAAUUCAAGCUGGAGCUAAUUUCCUGGCUUCCACGGCUGCACGGCCUCCCCAAACAAAAUACAAUUGAAGCAUAUACUGAAAUUUUUAAAGAGAUCUCUGCUACUUAUAGUAUCUGCCCUGAAUCACUCAGUGAAAAAACAGAAAAUUUUUUUUACCAACUCAGGAAACAGUGUAUCCUGCUCUGCUGUCAAAAGAUUGGAUUUUCAGCUGCCAGUCAGAUUUAUGAAAGCUUGGAUGACAAUAAACUUGAUACGGAAUCGGACAAAGAGGUGUCUGAAAUCUUAGACCUCAAAGACUCCAAACAUGAUGCCCUUCAAUGUCACAUUCCAAGUUCCAUAAGCACCAGUGUAUCUCAAUAUCUACAAGAUCAUGUCAUACCUUCAACAACACCUUUUCUCAUUACGGCUGCAACAGAAGCAUUAAAGAAAAAUGAUGAAAGUCUCAUAUUAUCCCCCAUAAAAACAAAAGAAAGCAUACAGCCAGACAUGAUAGUCCAGAUGGCUAUGAAAUUUAAUGAAGAUUCCAGCAAAAGUACUUUGACAUUGGAUAAAUCGGAAAUGGAAACGUAUUCAAAUAAAUUAAAAUCCAUUUGGAAUGAGAAUCACAUGAAAUAUCACAACAAAUUGAAGAAAUUUGAAAACGAAAUAUUUUCUCCUCCUGAUGAUAAAGAAAAUAGUAGUGAUCAAAUGAACACUACCAGGAUGAAAACAAGACAAAGAGUAUUUACAGUAUCUCCAGUUGAGAAAACAUUUCCGGAAGUUGAGACGAUCACUCUACGUAAAAACCUGAGACCGCCCCUGCUUGAAUCCUCUUCCAUAUCAGCUACGUGGUUGUUGUCCUUUCCCUCAUCUCUUUCCAGGGAGCAGUUAAAUGGCUGA